CAUUUUAGUGAUGGAACAACUUCCGGAAUAAACAAGACUGAUAUCGGUUGAGCGUGUGUGGAGAUUUUGGGCAAACAUUGUUUCAUAGUAAUGCUGCACUUUAUUUUUGUCACUAGGUAAAUAUUUUGGAGUGCAUGUUUUCACUGAUGGAGAAAUAAUGUUGUAGUAGUUGGUUUGUUAACUAAGCUUCGUAGAAAUGAAAUAUGCAGCCUAGCCUGUCUUAGCUAGACAGAAGAAUGCAACGUAUUAUUGAAUUUGAGUAAUAGUCGACAGUAGGCUAGCCUUGUAGUUAAUAGACGUUUGCAACCAUAACCCAUUUGAACAAUUAGAGUAUAAAAUGGGUGUCCAGGGACUUAACCACUUCAUGGAGGACUGUUGCCCGGAGACAUGCAUAAAAGUGGACUUAAAAAAGAUGGCAGUGGAUCAUAUGAAUGAAUACCCAGGCAGCAGUCCCACACUGGUAGUUGAUGGAAUGGCAUGUGUGAGACAGUGGUACAGCUGUCAAGCAUGGGUUCACGGAGGACAGUGGAAAGAGUACUUGCACAUUUUGAAUGAGUUUGUGUCUGCAUUCUCUGCAGCAGGUAUUAGGCUGGUGUUUUACUUUGACGGGGUAGUGGAGGAACGCAAGCGAGCCGAAUGGGUACGACGCCGGCUCAGGUCAAACAAGGACAUUGCUAAGUUAUUCCAUGUCAUUAAGGGCCAUGGCCAGCAGCCUGGCAGGGACAUGUUCACUCUCCCGUCCGGCCUGGCCACCUUCUCCCGGUUUGCCCUCAAGUCACUGGGACAAGAGACCAAGUGCUCCACCCGAGAAGGUGACUAUGAAAUCGCCAGCUAUGCCAACAAUCAGAACUGCAUGGGCAUUCUUGGUCAGGACUCAGACUAUGUCAUAUAUGAUACUGUCCCGUACCUGUCAGCGAGUAAGCUGUGUUUGCAGAGCAUGACCACUGUGCUGUUUUCCAGAGAAAGGCUGUGCCAUGCUCUGGGGCUGGAGAAAACAGACCUCCCACUGAUGGCUUGUCUUUUGGGGAAUGAUGUAGUUCCAGACACUUGUAUUAGGCACAUCCGAUACAGAUUGGUAAAUGAGUAUCGCAGCAGACAUGGGCGACGUCAAGGGGAAAAGGUCCUUGCUGUUGCUGAUUUCAUUAGCAAUUAUCAUCCCCUCAGAGAUGGGUCUGAGGGCAUUGCCUCUCUAUCACUUCCGGUUGGAGACAAACAUCUCCUGGAAAAUGGAAUGCACUCCUAUUUGCUUCCAGGUCAAAGAUUCCCAUGGACAAACCAAAAGUUGUGUGAUGCUUAUACAAUCUGUGCAAUGGAGAAGUUUGUUGAUGCGGAUAUAUUGCAGGCUGCCAAAGAGAAGCAUUCAAGAGCUGAGUGCUUUAUGCUAUAUAAUAUCCUGUAUGAUGGAGUUGUUGAAUGCAGCAACACUCUUGAAGAUGAAGAGAACAUCGAACUCCCCUCUCAGGCCUCUGUGUUUGAGCUUGUCAGAGAGAGUAUAUAUGGCCUUCUUCUCCCAACACAACCAGGUCAUGCUGUGCCGGUGCCUGUAGUGAAGGAGUGGUUUGUCUUUCCUGGAAACACACUGAAGGAGCCCAAACUGGUGUCACCUAAGCAGUUCAGUGAUUCAGAAAUAAAAAUGGAUUUAAGAGACCUGUGGUUUAGGAAAGACACCGAAGUAAGACCUCAGCAGUUUUCUACUUUCCUUGCUCUUCUUGGCCUAAAGGAGUAUGCUGAGGUGUUGGAUAGCCUUGAAGUCCCACUCGUUGUUGUCCUGUGCCUGGUCACAUACAUUGUCCUACAGGUGACACACCUCUCUUUGGAAGAUGUAGAUGCUUAUCUAAGCCAGGCCGUCUGUGUCAGAUUGAAGACGUACACAGACUUGUGCCAUACAAAGGUUCCAUGUGUGGACGCCAGGGCUGUUCAGCUGGGCUCCCUGUUUGUGCGGGGGCUCACCUACAUGGUGGCAGCCAACAGCGCCUGUGGCUCUCCCCUCAGCAUGGAGGACCUGAUGCCCUGGAGGAUGUUUGAUGGCCUGCUCUUUCACCAAAAGUAUCUGCUGGCACAGUCUGGACGGGCCACUGAGGAACUCCUGGAGGGCAAUAGCUCCUGGAUCUCACAGUUCUACUCUCUCAGAGAGCUGGUUCUUGAUACCUGCAGGAAACGUGGUAGAACAAUACAGGCAGCUCCAAGGAGAACUCAGCAAGAACUUGAGAGGUCUGUGAACCAGGAAGCAUGCUAUUGGGGAGACAGUACCCCAAGGCAUUGUGGGUCUUCACUGCACAGCAAUAGGCCACAUGGCAGAGGGACUGGAGCCUACAUGCAAGGUUGUGGAUCUCGAUCAAGUGCACGCCGUCCGGAAAGGAGGAGAUAUCGGUUAGCUCCAAGAUGGCCCCAGAAUAACCCCAGGCCCUACUGCCCAUGAGCCACCACCAGGUUUAGAAGAACAGUAUGGAAGGACAUGGGAGGAGUCGGCGUGUGGGGUAAGGAGGGGCUCUGAAGGCUGUGUGAUAGGAAUCGUGAUGGAGGAAACCCCAGAGGACGCCACACACGGCAACAUCCGUCUUCCCUCGCCACUUUGUUUUGACUUCACUCAGAGCUCUGUUGGGGCAUCCGGUAGAAACGAAGGACAAGGACUGGGACUCGCAGAAUGCCUGGCUGGAAUUGCACUGAGGUGUGGAAGAUUCAUGGGGUCCCUUUGGUAAGACAUGUGAGACCAGGAGGAACCCCCAAAACAUGCCACCCUACCCCCCCAACCCCCAUCAUGGUCCUAUCAGAGUUCUUAACCCACAGAGAACCUGUUGUAAGUGCAGAUUCACCCAUCAGUCUUCCCUAUGCCUUCGUGCACAUUAUAACUGACAUGGGUCUCAAAAGGUAUUGUCAGAUAUAUAUGGGAAACAGAAUAUAAUGGGUUGGACCAUGGAGUGUAAUUUGAUUGGCUGUUGAGCACAAAUAUGUCUAGCAAAAGUGAAAUUGAAUCAUUGAGUGCUUUGUUGAUGUAAAACUAAGAUGGAAGCAAUCAAGUAAGCAUAUCUU